AUGGAUGAUAGUGUUGAAGACAAAAUAAUAUAUCAAGUUUAUUUGACACAUAUGAAGUUACUAUCAUCAAAACUGACAUCAGCUAAGAACAAAGUUAACUCUUUUAACAACAUGUGGAAAUAUAUGCAAUUUUAUUUUACCAAACCAGAAGUAAUAUUUUUUUUAGCAUUAAUACUUUGUUUACUCUUUUUCUCCGGUAAUUUAUUUCAAAGCACAAAUGGAUUUUUAAAAAAAAUUAAUCGAAGUCUGUCAUUCAUUGGUUUUAAUGAUUUUCAACAAUUAAUGGUUGAUGAAAAAGAUGCACUUAGUAAAAACUGGAAAUUUGAUGGUAAAAAUGUUGCUCUAUAUGCUAUCAAAGGUCGACGAUCACAAAUGGAAGAUAGAUAUGUCAUAAAAACUAAUAUUAUGAACACUGGUAUAUCAUUAUUUGCUAUUUUUGAUGGACAUGGUGGUGAAUUUGCUGCAGAAUAUGCAACUACACAUUUAAUGAAAAAUCUUACAAAUAAAAUUAUUGAAGUAAAAAAAUUGCUUGAUGAAAAAACUGAUGCAACCGAAGACUUGAAAAUAUUUAAUUCAAAUACACCUGAUAAUUUAACACCAAAGAUGAAAACAAAAAUUAUUAAAAUUGAAGAACAUACGCCUACAAAAAUGAAACCUACAAGUUCUGCAGAUGAUAGCGUUAUUAGUCUCAAUAAACAUAAACAAGACCCUCUAAAUUUAAAAAAAGACAUAACUACAUUAAAAAAUGUUGAUGAUGAGAUCAUAAAUCCUUCUUCAUAUUUACAAAAAGAUGGAAAUAUUAAUUUUUCAAAAAUAUUGAUUGAUGAAGUUCUAGCCGCUGACAAACUAUUAAUUGAAGCAGCAAAAUUAACUUAUGAUAUUGCCGGUAGCACAGCACUCAUUGUUUUAGUUGAAGGCACUACAUUGUUUGUUGCAAAUGUUGGAGAUUCAAGAGGUGUUAUGUGUGAUAAGAAAGGAAAUGCUAUACCAUUAUCAUUUGAUCAUAAACCUCAACAAAUGCGAGAAAAGAAACGUAUAGCCGAAGCUGGUGGUUUUAUAUCAUUUAAUGGUGUUUGGAGAGUUGCUGGUGUAUUAGCUACUUCCAGAGCACUUGGAGACUAUCCUUUAAAAGAAAAACAAUUUGUUAUUGCCAAUCCAGAUGUUUUAACAUUUGAUUUAUCGCAUCAUGAUCCACAAUUUAUAAUAUUAGCAUCAGAUGGCUUAUGGGAUACAUUUACAAAUGAAGAAGCUAUAGAGUGUAUUAAAAGACAUAUAGAUGAUUCAUUUUACGGAGCCCAAUACUUAACAAUACAAUCAUUUAAUAGAGGAUCGCUAGACAACAUUACUGUACUAGUCAUUAAAUUUCCACCUAUAUGGAGUAAAGAAUCACAAGUAGUUGAUCAUGGUGGUAGUAAAUAUUAA